GUGCCCUUAGUGUGGUGACAGGCCUAAAGAAACCGAUCUCUAAUUCCAUUGAAACAUAUCAGGUAAUUAUUCAAUUGUAGGGUAGUAGCAUUGCAUAAUUACCUUACCAAAAGAAUGGGAAGGAAAGUCACUCUUGCAACGUGUUCGUUGGAUCAGUGGGCGUUGGAGUUUGACGGCAACUUUGAGAGAAUACUGAAAAGUAUUGAGAUUGCUAAAGAAAAUGGAGCCAAAUACAGACUGGGCCCAGAGCUGGAAAUUUGUGGGUAUGGUUGUGCGGACCACUUUCAUGAAUCGGAUACAUUGCUACACUGUUUUGAAGUUCUCAAGAAGCUUCUGGAGUCUCCCAUUACCCAAGACAUUAUUUGUGACGUGGGAAUGCCCAUCAUGCAUCGCAAUGUACGCUACAACUGCCGGGUGAUUUUUCUCAACAGACAAAUCCUACUGAUUCGGCCAAAGAUGCUGAUGGCCAACCAUGGCAUCUACAGAGAGAUGCGUUGGUUCUCACCCUGGACAAAGUUUCGGACUGUAGAGGAGUACUUUCUGCCAAGAAUGAUCCAGCAGGUCACAGGGCAGGAUACAGUCCCAUUUGGAGACUGCGUGCUCUCCACCAGGGAUACCUGUAUUGGUACAGAGAUGUGUGAAGAGUUAUGGCACCCCUCUAGCCCUCAUAUUCAGAUGGGUCUUGAUGGUGUCGAAAUCUUUACAAAUUCCUCUGCAAGCCACCAUGAGCUCCGCAAAGCAAACCAGAGACUCAACUUGAUCAAGUCAGCUACAGCCAAGAGUGGAGGUAUUUACCUGUAUGCAAAUCAGAGAGGAUGUGAUGGAGAUCGACUUUAUUAUGAUGGCUGUGCCAUGGUGGUCAUCAACGGGGACGUUGUGGCACAUGGAGCACAGUUUUCCUUAACUGAGGUGGAGGUGAUAUCAGCCACUUUGGAUCUUGAGGAUGUGCACUGCUAUAGAGGAGAGUCAUGUCAGCUGCAGAUGGGUAGUGAAUCCAAACAGUGUUAUAGGAUCAAAGUGGACUUUUCUUUAUCCAGUAAUGAUGAUAUCUGCCUCCCCAUCUACCAACCAAUAACAUGGAACUUGCAUACACCAGAGGAAGAAAUUAGCCUUGGGCCAGCCUGCUGGCUGUGGGACUACCUAAGGAGAAGUGGACAGGCAGGCUUUCUGUUGCCUUUGAGUGGUGGUGUUGAUAGCUCCUCUGUUGCCUGUAUUGUCUACUCUAUGUGUGUGCAAGUCUGCAAGGCCAUAGAAAACGGCGAUAACCAGGUGCUGCAAGAUGUUCGCAGAUUAGUUGGGAAUGAAACCUACUUUCCUCAGCAACCAAGGGAGCUCUGUCGUCUUAUCUUUACUACUUGCUACAUGGGCAGUGAAAACUCAUCAGCGGACACUUGCAACCGUGCCAAAGAGUUGGCCAGCCAGAUUGGGAGCACACACAUGAACAUUAAUAUAGACAUGGCGGUAAAAGGCAUCCUGGGCAUCUUUUCACUGGUGACUGGGAAGUGGCCUCAAUUCCGCGCCAAUGGAGGAAGCCACAGGGAAAACUUGGCGCUGCAGAAUGUCCAGGCGAGAGUAAGGAUGGUCCUGGCUUACUUGUUCGCCCAACUGAGUCUGUGGAGUCGAUUAAAACCAGGUGGCUUACUGGUGCUUGGCUCAGCCAAUGUAGAUGAGAGUCUGACAGGUUAUUUUACAAAGUAUGACUGCUCCAGUGCUGAUAUUAAUCCAAUUGGAGGUAUUAGCAAAAAUGACCUGAAGGGCUUCCUACAGUUCUGUGUGAGACAAUUCCAGCUCACAGCUCUGAAAAGCAUCCUGGCUGCUCCACCCACAGCUGAAUUAGAGCCUCUGACUGACGGACAGGUGUCACAGACAGAUGAGGCUGACAUGGGGAUGACCUAUUCAGAGUUGUCAGUAAUUGGACGACUGAGGAAGAUUUCUAAAUGUGGACCUUUCAGCAUGUUCUGUAAACUCAUUCACAUGUGGAAGGAUGUGCUGUCACCCACAGAGGUUGCACAGAAGGUUAAGCACUUCUUCAGAAUGUACUCGAUGAACCGCCAUAAGAUGACAACUGUGACUCCAUCCUACCAUGCUGAGAGCUAUAGUCCUGAUGAUAAUCGCUUUGACCUGCGCCCUUUCCUCUACAACACACGCUGGAACUGGCAGUUUCAGUCUAUUGACAAUCAGAUAUCACAAAUGGCAGCAAAGAAGCAAAUAUAACAAAGGUGUUCAUUUCCAAUGAAUACAUGUGCAGGUCAACACAUUCAAUAUUUUGUUGGUCUGCUUUGUACUAAGAUCCAAGCACAAUGCAGCACAGGAAAUAACUGUUCAAGCAACUGCAAUUGCAUUUUGUUUAGUUUAAUGAAAUUGCCACCUAGACCAAUAAAUGAGAUUACAAUUGUCUAUAAAAACAGAAGAUAUGGGAUUCAUCAAAAAUAGCUGUUUUCUGAUUUUCAAGACUGGUCAAUUGAUUGUUCAAUUUUUAAUUCAUCUGAAUUGAAUCAAUGGGGUGGCUGUACAAUUAUACACAGUUAAACCAAAAAAAUGUGGUUAAUAUUGUCUCAAACUGAAGAUGCAGCAUCAGGAGCGAUUUGGGGUUCAGUAUCUUGCUCAAGGAAACUUCAACAUGGGUGCAAUGGCCGGGGAUUGAAACCCCAACCUCUGGGUUUGGAGACGAUGACUCUACCACUGAGCCCCCUAAAAUGUGUGACCAUACACUCAAAAUGUUGAUAUUGCUUGAAACCAGUGUAAAAAAUGCAACAAAUGCCACUGCAUGAAGAAAGAAAAAAAAUAAAAUAUUCCCAUCCACACAA